GUGCCGUCUGACUGGGAGAUCGACGACGACGACGACGACAAGCAUUUAUCGCCGACGCCGUCGAAAGAAGAACGUAUAUGGGCAGAAACCGCAAGACCGGCUUUGGGUUGAGGGGGGAGGGAGCCAACGCACGAGGACAAAAGGGCACUUGGCGGCCCCACCGCCCGCCAAGCCACCAACUAAAGUCAGUCAGUCAGUCAGUUGUCGUCAGCCUUUUGGCCAAGGUGCGUGGGAUAUCGCGUUUCGUGGAGUUCUGGUUCGGUGGUCCAGAUACUGUGUAGAACAACACAUUCAGGUGGUUACGGAAAUAACAACAGCUGUUCAAAUAAGCCUUUGGAAGAAAUGGAUCACCGCAUUCAAAACAUUUGAAAGUCGGCUAACAAAACUGAUGAGCUCAUCACCAAGACGGGCUGAGCCACCAAAAGUAUUUGAAUCGUAACAAUACACAUCACACCACCAAAACUUAAGUGCAUUCAACCAAGUUUUUGUUGGUCUGCUAUCGUGCGAACUUCUCUCGCGGAUGCUGCGCGGGGACAGCAAUUUUUGAAAGUAGGUCACCAAAAGUACCAACUGGUUUAACUUUUAGCCAGUAACUCGCCUAAUCGUCGUAUUUUCGGUGAAAGCCCCCGCAAAUCCCAAUGGAUUUCACCGAAAUAUGUCGCAUCUGUUGCGAGAUCCGGCCGGACCUGCGUCCAAUUCUGGAAUCCGACGACGACUUCUUGCACCAACUGUUUCACCAAGUUCUGCGGUUGGAGAUCUCCGCCGACGAUGGGCUGCCGCAGAAUGUCUGCACGCUGUGCCGGGAAACGCUGCGGAAUGUGCAAGAAACGAUCGCGAUGGCCCGCGCGAACGAUGCGAUGCUGCGAAAGCAACAGCAACGGCUGGCGCGGGGAGGCGAUGGAGAACGCCAGGUCACGGCGGAAUUGCAAGUCGAUCUUCUGACUGAAUUUGCCAUCGAAGAUCAACUCAUAGACUCAUGCGAGGACGUCGAGGGAAUCGUUGAUGAAAACGUAAUCAUCGAGGAAGUGUUGGAAGAAUGGAUCCUCUCGGACGCUGAUGAUCACGCUUCUGAAUCAGAACUUUGCCCAACGGAUCAAGAAGAAUCCCACACCAUCGUCCAGCAAGAAUCGUCCGACUCGGGACACGUUUCGACCGACCUCGAAGAGACCAACAAGGACAAGCCCAAAAAGCGCCCGCGCAAACGUCUCGUAAGUCCUCCUCCGCCGCCUCGCAAGCGCCAAAGGCGUGAUGAUCCGGAACGGCCGCGCAAGAACGACUUCCGGUGUUACGUGUGCAAGAGUGAGUCGCUGGGAUCGGCGGAAGCCCUGUACGCCCACUUGAACUCACACGCCGACGAGCUGCCGUACACGUGCUCGAGCUGCGUGAUGGAACGGGUCGUGAUCCGGAGCGUUACGCAGCUGAACGUGCACAAGCGGAUGCACGAGAAUCCGGUCAAGUGUGGAUAUUGUGACCGGAGGUAUCAUAAUGCGCGUGCCGUGGAGUUGCACGUCCAGUUGCACCAUCUGGGGGAGAAUGUGGCCCAGCCGGUGGAGUGUGGCCAGUGCGGGAAGGUUUGUCCUUCGCUGCCGGCGCUGAGAACUCACGAGAAGUUGCACACGCGUGCGCUGGGUUGCGAGUUUUGUGGGAAGUUGUUCACGGGGCGGCACAAGCUGCGCGAGCACAUCCGCCGGAAGCACGCGACGGAGAAGGAGUUUUCGUGCAAGGUUUGUGGGAAGGAGUUUGCCACGCUGCUGGCGGUGCAGUCGCACAUGAAGAUCAAACAUUCGGAGCAGGAGUUCAAGUGCGGCUUUUGCGAGAGGAGCUACAGCUCGGAUCAAUCGCGCCGUUUUCACGAGAAGAAGCACGCGAAGGAUGCAGGUUACCAGGCGAGCAACCGGUGGACGCAGUACUACACGCUGAUCGAUUCCGGGGAGGGUGGCGCCAAGAAGAAGCAGUGCACUCUGUGCCAGGCGAUCGUGGGCGCGAUUGGACCGCACAUGACUUCGGCGCACUUUCCGCAAAAGUAUCGCUGCGGUGUGUGCGAGGCCGAGUUCGGGUCGAAGGCUAGCUACGCGAUCCACGUGGCGGAACACGAGAAGGGGAAGGCGCACCGGUGUCCGAUCUGCGAGAAGGAGUUCUCGGUGAGGAAGCUGUUGCUGACGCAUUUGAAAACGAAGAAGCACCGCGAUCAUCCGCUGUCGAAGCUGUUCUUCAAGAAGGCGCCCACGACGGUGGAGGAAAUGUUUGGCGCGGACAUGCCGGAGCAGCUGCUGGAGGAUUGGGAGGUUGCGGGUUGAAUCGUUAUCAAGUUUUUGUUGUUGUAUGUUAUUAAAAAAAUAAUCGUUUAUUAAUAUUUAAGGGAAAUACAUAUCAUUCUGAACGGA